GCGGCGCGGACGGGUGCGGCCGCCCGGAUCGAGCGUGACAUGAGGGCGCUGGGGGACUCGCAGACGAGGCUCUUCCACGUGAUCGAGGAGGUGUCCCAGGAGCUGACGCAGCGCCUCGGGGCGCACGAGGCCGCCAUAGGGGAGCUGCGGCGGGCCGGGGCCGAGGGCGCGGCGAGGCGGGACGCCUCUGCGGCGGAGGCGCAGGCGAUGGCGCAGGAAGUGGCCGGGCUGCGCCGGCGGCAGAGCGAGCAGGCGGGGGGCGUGGACGCGGCCGUGGGCCGGGUGGCGGAGCGCCUGGAGGGGGCCGUGGGGCGGCUGGCGGAGCACGAGAUGCAGCUGCAGAGGAUGGAGCACCGGCUGCGGCACGUGUCGGCCGAGCAGCCGGCGCAGCUGCAGCAGCACGAGCUGCAGCUGCAGAGGAUAGAGCUGCGGCUGCAGCAGGUGUCGGCCGAGCAGCCGGCGCAGCAGCAGCAGCACGAGCUGCAGCUGCAGAGAAUGGAGCAGCGGCUGCAGCAGGUGCUGGCCGAGCAGCCAGCGCAGCUGCAGCAGCAGCUGGAGCAGCGCAUGCAGCAGCUGGAGCAGCGCCUGCAGCACCUCGCCAUGGAGCAGCGGCAGGAGAUGCGGGAGGCGCAGCUCCAGCUGUCCUCGAGGAUGGAGGGCGUCCGGGCUUCGGGCGACGCGGAGAAGGUUGUGCACCAGGGCGAGGCGCUCCGCCUGGGGGCCUCCGUGGCCGAGCUGCAGCAGCAGCAGCAGGCGCUCCAGCAGCAGCUUGCGGCCAGGGACUCGCAGCACGCGGCCGUGGCCGAGCGCCUGCACGCGGUGGAGGCGUCGCAGGCCAGCGCCGCCGCCCGGCACGCCGAAGAGCUCCACGCGCGGCGCGGGGACCUCGACGGCCGCGUGCGCGCGCUGGAGCAGAAGCGGUUCGGGCAGGACAUCGACGAGCUGCGCGCGAAGCUGGCGGCGCUCGGCGGCGACGUGGUGCAGCUGCAGCGCCAGGACGCGGACCGGCGGCAGAAGAGGCUCGCCCUGCUGAAGGCGGAGGUGGCCCGGCACCAGGACAUCUGGGACGCCAACAACACGACCCAGCUCAGCGAGCCCCGCAGGGACCAGAGCGCCUCAGGCGAGGAGCUCCAGGAGCUGCGCCGGAGCACCUCGGACGUCGCCUCCCGCGUCGGGAGGUGCGAGAGUGGCCUGGAGGAGCUGCGGCAGCAGGUCGGCCUGCUGCGGGGCUGCGCCGGCGGGGCCCCGGCAGCGCCGCCGCACGCGCGCGCCCCC